UUCUCCUCCAUGCAGAUGCUGCUCUCCUGGACCGUCGGCCUCCUCCUGCUGGCCACAGUCAGAGGAAAGGAAAUCUGCUACGAACCUUUCGGCUGCUUCUCCAAUGAGAAGCCGUGGACCGGGAUCCUUCAGCGGCCCUUCAAGCUAUUUCCCUGGUCCCCCAAGGACAUCAACACCCGGUUCCUUCUGUUCACAAAUGAGAAUCAGAGCACCUACCAACUGAUCUCCUCCACGGACCUAGACACCGUCAAGUCUUCCAACUUCCGACUGGACCGGAAGACGCGCUUCAUCAUCCACGGCUUCAUAGACAAGGGGGAUGAGGGCUGGCUGCUGGACAUGUGCGAGAAAAUGUUUCAAGUGGAGCAGGUGAAUUGCAUCUGCGUGGAUUGGAGUCGAGGAGCCAAGACACUGUACACCCAAGCCGUGCACAACAUUCGAGUUGUGGGGGCGGAGAUAGCUUUCUUAAUCCAAGGGCUGUCGACCGAGCUGGGUUACAGCCUCGAGAACGUGCACCUCAUCGGCCACAGCCUGGGCGCACACACAGCCGGGGAGGCCGGCAGGAGGCUGGGGGGCCUCGUGGGCAGGAUCACAGGACUGGACCCGGCAGAGCCGUGCUUCCAGGGCACGCCCGAGGAGGUCCGGCUGGACCCGUCUGAUGCCGUGUUUGUGGAUGUGAUCCACACAGAUGCUUCACCCAUCGUCCCUUUCCUGGGUUUUGGAAUGAGCCAAAAGGUGGGCCAUCUGGAUUUCUAUCCAAACGGAGGAAAGCAAAUGCCUGGAUGUAAGAAAAAUAUCCUUUCCACCAUCAUUGAUGUAAACGGAAUAUGGGAAGGAACCCGAGCCUUUGCAGCUUGCAAUCACCUGAGAAGCUACAAGUAUUACGCAAACAGCAUCCUCAACCCCAGCGGCUUCCUGGGCUACCCGUGUGUGUCCUACGACAAGUUUGAGGAGAACAACUGUUUCCCUUGUCCGGCCGGAGGAUGCCCCAGAAUGGGGCACUACGCGGACCAGUUUCAUGGGAAAACCAGUGCGGUGGGACAAACGUUCUUCCUGAACACAGGAGACAGUGGUAACUUCACUAGUUGGAGAUACAGGGUAUCAGUCACCCUGGCCGGGAAAAAGAAAGUGAGAGGGUACAUCAGGGUUGCUCUCUACGGAAGUAACGGGAACUCAAAGCAGUUUCAGAUUUUCAAAGGGUCCCUCAAACCGGAUGCCAACCACACACGUGACGUUGACGUGAACCUCAAUGUUGGAGAAAUGCAGAAGGUGGAGUUCCUCUGGAACAACAACAUGAUCAAUCUCUUCCGGCCCACACUGGGGGCCUCCCAGAUCACAGUGCAGUGUGGCGAAGACGGGACUGAGUAUCAUUUUUGUGGCGAUGACACCGUGAAAAAAAAAGUUUUACAGUCUCUUUACCCUUGUUAAGAAUGCCCUCGCCCUGGCUGGUGUGGAUCAGUGGAUUGAGCGCCAUCCUGCGAA